GGCAGUAUGGAGUCCAGCGCCGACAGCCAGCAGGUUCGCCCACUAAGGGGAUCAAUCAUCAUCCGCUCGCUGACAGACGAGCAGCGAGCCGGCAGGUGUUUGACUCACCUGAGGGCAGGUGAGGAGCUGCAGCUCAGGUACGAGCAGAUGUACAUGAGCCGCGCCCGGCUGUGUGGCUGGACGGCUGCCUGGUGUGUACUGUCUGUGUGUGGUGGUCUGUGUAGCCGCCUGUACUGGUACAGCCGGCAGCGGGCAGGGGAGGGCACGUUGUCAGGGUCCGCUCUGCUACGGGAAUGUUUGAUAGACGCCGGCCUCAUCAUGCUCAGCGCCCUGCCUUGGCUCUGCUGCCUGUGGGCUCUGGUGUGCUUGAUGUCUAUAGGCUCAGCGCCCUGCCCGAUGUGUCCCCACUGCAUGUGGUGUCUGCCUUGUGUCUGGAUCUUGCCCUGCAUCUUCUACCUGUGGUGCGUGUGUGUCCGCAAACCCGCCACCUUGUCUGUCCUUUACCACCGCUGCUCCUUGGACGGGCAGCGACUGACUGGCUCCCGCGACUCUCUGUAUCACCUCUACCUCAACUACUUAACCUUGAGAAUAGGCAGGUCCAACCUUGUGGCCAUUAUUGACGGGGUCGACGAUGCGCUGGCUGAGAAGGGGCGUCUGCAGAAGGAAGAACCAUCGCUGGGGAAAUGUUGCGCCGAGAUCUUCGUGUUCCAGUGCCCGGGGCAGGAGAGGGAGGCGGAGGCAGAGACAGAGGCGGAGGCGGAGGCCCGGCGCAUGAGCGACUAUGUGUCUGACUAUUUCAGCGGGUCUCACUGUGGAGGAUGUUGGAGUUAGGGCUGUGCUGACCACGACGGCACAUUCGGUGUCUUCCCACGGCCGGCCCUUUCCGUCAGCUGGAGAUGACGGACUUGACUGCAUCAUUUAUGCACCACGUCCCGUGAAUUUUAAAUCAUCAACUUUCUGAGAAAAGUGCGUGUUUACUGUACAACAGUUGGUCCCUUCUGACGUUCACUUCAAUCGCAAUAAAUACUGUGUUGGCCAGAA